AUGUCGGGCCUGGCGCGUGCGCGGUUCUUUGCGCUACACCUCGUGCCCGCACUUCUACUCCUGUUAUGGACUCCUAAUCCAUCUUCAGCAGUGGUGUGCAAUCAGACAGUAUGCGAUUGUUCUGGAAUCAAAGGUGAUCAAGGGUUUCCAGGGCCCCCCGGUAUUCCUGGCUUGCAAGGAGAGUACGGUGAAGACGGGCCUAUUGGACGUGUUGGACAGCCGGGGAUUCCAGGUGACAACGGGGAUAGAGGCGAUUACGGCGAUAAGGGUAUAAGAGGCAUCGAUGGGCCUUAUGGACCAAGAGGCGACACCGGUUUACAGGGUCCAUAUGGAGAACAAGGUAUUCCAGGUUUUCCCGGGUUGGAUGGCUGUAGUGGAAUAGAUGGAGUGACAGGACCACCUGGUAGAGUUGGUUUACCUGGUGAUAGAGGUUUACCUGGAGCGCCUGGUGAUAAAGGAUACCAAGGCAUGGCUGGUGAAGGAGGUGUAAACUCCAGAGGUGCAAAGGGAGACACGGGAGAAGCUGGUCGGCCUGGAAACCCUGGACCCGUAGGUUCAAUGGGUUGGACAGGUGAUAGUGGUCCCACAGGUCCUGAAGGUGAUCAGGGUAUGAUGGGUCUUCGGGGAGAACAAGGCGAGAGAGGCCAAGAAGGCGAAACCACAUUCGGCCCUCCUGGACCUAAAGGUGACCAGGGGCGAGUCGGUGAACCAGGACGACCUGCUGUUGUUGUUAUAACUAAUAACUUUCGACACAACGUAACUAUAAUCACUAAAGGUAGUAAAGGAGAAAAAGGCUUAGCAGGACAGCGGGGUGUAAAAGGUAUUAAAGGGAUGAUCGGCACUGUAGGUCUUCCUGGUCCUUACGGAUUCGAUGGUGUACAAGGCAUAAAGGGUGCUCAAGGUGACGAUGGUCCGAGAGGAAAACCAGGUCACCGUGGUAGGGACGGCGAUGCAGGUCCCAAAGGUGACAAAGGUGCACCAGGAUACGCUGGUGUGGAUGGAGCAGAUGGAGAAAAAGGACCGCGGGGUGAAGACGGCUUACUAGGAAAUCCUGGAAUUCAAGGACCUAUGGGAGAACCUGGAAUUUAUGACGAAAGACUAGAUGUGGCUCCGACGCAGGGCUCUUCAGGACCACAAGGUCCAGAAGGUCCUUUAGGCCCUCCUGGAGCACCAGGGUUACCUGGACUACGGGGCUUACGUGGUAUUGUGGGUCCAACUGGGCUCCCUGGAAUUAAAGGAAGGCCAGGAAGACCAGGAAGUCCGGGUACAUCUAUAAAAGGAGAACCAGGAAAUGAUGGCUUUAAAGGGCUACCUGGAUUUAAAGGGCAUUCAGGAGCACCCGGUCUACCAGGAGUGCUAGGACCCAAAGGCUUCAAAGGAGCGAGAGUUAUUGGACCCGAUGGUGAAGAUGGCGUACCUGGUGUAGAUGGCAUACCAGGAUUGCGUGGAAGUCGUGGUGACCAGGGUGAUUCGGGACCACCAGGAUUCCCAGGAAGAGGAGUCCACGGUGUUGGUCCUCCUGGGGAAACCGGUUCACCUGGACUUCCAGGAUCUGCAGGUGAUUUAGGUACUCCCGGGCGUCCGGGGUACCAUGGCCUCAAAGGAGAACAUGGUGAUGAUUGUCCUAUAUGUCUAUCAGGAGCACCUGGUCCAAAAGGCCAAAAAGGAGAUGAUGGUUUCCAGGGACGGAAAGGUAAUCCAGGACCUGAAGGAUUACCUGGAAUAAGAGGUAAUCAAGGUACAGCUGGCCGAACUGGACUGAAUGGACCAAAAGGACCCAAGGGAAAUAAGGGUGUGGAAGGUGCUAUGGGUCCGCAGGGGCCGAAAGGAGAAAGUGGAAAAGUGAUUCUUCCACCGGAGAACCUAAGACAAGCUGAAGUCGGAAAAAAGGGUGACAGGGGUUUCAAUGGUGCAGUGGGCUUACCAGGCGAUGCAGGUUGGCCCGGUCUACGUGGGGACAAUGGAGCAAUGGGUGUUAAGGGUCAAACAGGUAACACUGGAUUUCCUGGCUUGCCGGGAUCAAACGGAUCGAGAGGUCGUGAUGGACAGUCAGGCUAUCCAGGGCGGGACGCCUCAAUACCCAUUCAAUUUCUGACUGGAGAACCUGGAGAACAGGGAACAAAGGGAGAGGUAGGAGACCCAGGAGAAGAUGGUCUGCAAGGAGAGACAGGAGACUCUAGCGCUGAAGGGUUGCAUGCAAAAGGUGACAAAGGUUACCCAGGAGUGAUUGGACCAAAAGGAUAUCCUGGACUCAAAGGUGACAAUGGUGAUGCUGGUUUUGAUGGUUUCCCUGGAAUUCAAGGAGAUCAAGGACCAAUGGGUACAUCACAAAGGGGACUUAAGGGAUUUAAGGGUUAUCCAGGCCUUAAAGGAGAUAUGGGACCUUAUGGAAUACCAGGUCACCAAGGUAUUCCAGGAUCUGUUGGAUUUCCGGGCAACAGAGGAAAGAAAGGAUCACGUGGAGACGCGGGGCUUUCUAUUAUAAUGGGAGAAAAAGGUUUUGACGGAGUGGCUGGCACACGAGGAGAUGAUGGAGAUGAAGGAUAUGCAGGAAUACAAGGUAGAACUGGAAGCAUGGGACUGAAAGGGCAAAGCGGCCUAAAUGGAGAUAUAGGUCCAGACGGACCACCAGGACUAAAGGGAAGAAAGGGAAUGGAAGGGUCAGUCAUUAUUGGUCCGCCUGGAGCACCAGGAGCACCAGGGUUCCCCGGGCGAAUGGGAACUAUUGGAGAACCCGGUUUACAAGGUGCCAACGGUAUUCCCGGAGACAUAGGCCCUAAAGGAAUGAAAGGAAACACAGGUUUUACUGGUGUUCGUGGUAUCCCUGGUUUGAAGGGACGUAAUGGUAUAAAAGGUUUCGUUGGAAUAUCGGGAGCAGUUGGUUUUAAAGGAGACCAAGGUGAUCAUGGAGCAAUUGGCGCACCUGGUGCAGAUGGUUUCGAUGGCGGUGCUGGCCCUCCGGGACUUCCAGGAUUACCUGGAAUACCAGGAGAUGAUGGUUUUCCGGGAUAUUCUGGCAACGCCGGCAAGCCUGGUUUCAAGGGUAUCAGAGGUGACGGAGGCCUUCCUGGACCACAAGGAAUGCGGGGAGAUGAUGCUCGUGAAGGCAUGAAAGGUGACGAAGGUGAACGGGGUAGGAAUGGAAUAAAUGGGAGACAUGGUUUGAAGGGACCCAAAGGACUCCAAGGCGAUUUUGGUUUACAAGGAUUUGAUAUUGAAGGACCUCCUGGAAGGAAAGGUUCUGAAGGGGAUGCAGGUUAUAACGGACGACCCGGAGCUAAGGGUGAAAAAGGAUACAGGGGUGACUUUGGCUUAGUGGGACUGAGGGGUGACAUAGGUGAUAAGGGUUUCCCCGGAAUAUCAGGCAACCCAGGCAGACCAGGACUGAUAGGCAUUAGAGGUACGAAAGGAUUAGAUGGUAUUCCUGGCUUAAACGGUGUAAAGGGAGAUCAAGGUAUGAACGGUGAACCCGGGUUUAUGGGACCACCUGGUCUACCUGGUGAGAGAGGCAUCGCGGGCCCUGUUGGUCCACAAGGUGUCCCUGGAAUUAAAGGGGAAUCUGGUGAAACUGGUAGUUCUGAAACAUUCGUAGGAGAAAAAGGUGAUAUAGGUGAAAGAGGUAUGGAUGGUUUUCCUGGUUUACCUGGUGAUGUAGGUGAAGUUGGAUACUACGGAAUAAAAGGUAUUAAAGGCGAACGCGGAGACCAAGGCGCACAAGGAGAAUUUGGAGCUACUGGCUUACCUGGAUUCAGAGGUUUGACUGGAGAUCAAGGUCCACCCGGUUUACUUGGUAUUACUGCAGAUAAUGCUCCUAGAGGCGAACCAGGUAAACCAGGUUUUGAUGGAUUACCUGGAUGGCCGGGUCCAAUGGGACAAAAGGGUGCACCUGGAGAAUAUGGAAUCAAUGGUCCUGACGGGUUGCCAGGCCCGCCAGGUCUGUCAUUCCAAGGAAGUAAAGGAAUUAUAGGUAUGGUUGGACCACGAGGACGUCCGGGGACUCCUGGAAGACCAGGGGCAGAGGGACUUACGGGACUACCGGGCCUUCGUGGACUUAAGGGUGAUGCUGGAGAAGUUGGUGACGCAAUUAGUCCCAAAGGAGUAAUUGGAGAUCAGGGCCAACCAGGCUUUGACGGCCUAAAGGGGGCAAAAGGGGAACGAGGUGACGAUGGGUACAAUGGACGUGACGGAACCCGAGGUUUUCCAGGAUUGAAAGGUGUAAGAGGUGAUAUGGGAGAAGACGGAUUUUAUGGAUCGAUGGGACUUAAGGGUAGAAAAGGUGAACAGGGAGACUCAGUUCCUUAUUAUGAAAUCAAGCCUAGUCCAAGAGGUGAUGUUGGCUUACCAGGUCCUGUUGGACAACCAGGAAGAGAUGGAAUGCCUGGUAGCUUCGGUCGUGAUGGAGUACCAGGAAGAAAAGGAGAAAGAGGCGAAAUAGGACGCCCGGGCCUUGCAGGUGCUCCGGGUCUAAUAGGAGUAGAAGGCGCGAAGGGUGCCAGAGGUUUACAAGGUUAUGAAGGCGAGGUAGGUGCCCGCGGUCGCCCUGGCCGAGCAGCAGCUCAACCUAUACCAAAGGCUAGAGGAUUUUUCUUUACAAUUCACUCUCAAAGAAGAACUAUUCCGCAAUGUCCCUCAGGAACUGUACCACUUUGGAGUGGAUAUUCCCUCAUCCAUAUUAUAGCCAACGGCAAAGCACAUGGACAAGAUUUAGGUGCCGCUGGCAGUUGUUUACGCAAAUUCUCUACAAUGCCGUAUAUGUUCUGUAACUUUAACGAGAUAUGUAAUUUCGCUCAGCGUGAGGAUUAUAGUUUCUGGUUGUCCACACCGGAGCCUAUGCCAAUGACAAUGACACCUAUCCAAGCUGAAAACGUAAAAGACUACAUAUCCAGAUGUCAAGUUUGCGAAGCACCAACACGAAGUAUCGCCGUACAUAGUCAAAGCAACGAAGUGCCUUCAUGCCCUGCUGGUUGGAGAGAGUUGUGGCAAGGAUACAGUUUCUUAAUGCACACUGCCGGCGCAGACGCAUCCGGUCAGAGCCUAAUAUCCCCUGGUUCAUGUAUGAGUGAGUUCCGCGCACGACCAUUCAUCGAAUGCAACGGGUUAGGUCGCUGCAACUAUUUCGCAACAGCCAUUUCGUACUGGCUCUCUGUUAUUGAAGACAGCAAAAUGUUCGAUAAACCCAAGCAACAAACACUAAAGGCUGACCUUGUGUCAAAAGUCAGCAGGUGUGCUGUUUGCAUCAGAAAUUGGCCGGUACCUAAUAAAAAAACGGCCCCUAUACCUGUAGUUGGGGACCUGAAUUCGGUACCUAACGCAGCUAUUCGACAAACCGGUCAGCGAGCUCAGCGGCGACCGUAUCUCCGCGGUAAUGGGCCGCGCCGCCUUUACUCCACUCGUAUGGUACGCGGAAAACGUCGACAGUGA